CGCAGCGCAACGCAAUUUGAAAUACACAGAGCAUGUGAAAGUGCGGCAGGCAGUACAAAGUACAGAGCGACAGAAAGAGAGACCAAGCAGCAGCAGCAGCAGCGACGGAAAUAAGCAGGAACAGCGCAACAAGCGGAUAGCAACAAUAAAUGAUUUGGAAAUUGGCGUGGGCCAGCAACUGUUAACAAAAUGCGCAAUGCAUAAAAUUAAACAACGCCUAAUGCCAACAACAGCUACAGCAGCUAAGACGUAGACGCGGCGACGAUAGGUGGCAGUCGCUCAUUGUGCUUUCAAUUUUAUUUCCAUUUACAUUUCGAGGCGCGAGGCAGCAACAAUUAACGCGAUAUUUUGGAAAACUGAGAACUGCAAAGAAUCAAAUAAGCCAGCUAAGGCAGCAACAAAUCAACGACGAAUGUCAACAAAGCUGACGAACAGACACACAGACAGACAGACAGUCAGUCAGACAGAGGGAAAGUUUGCCUUUUAUUGAUUUUAUGUACAAUACAAACAACUGUUGUAGUAGCAGCAGUAUGAAAAGCAUGAAACUGAAACAAAGGCAAGCGUAAACGCAAUGUGUAGCAUUCUGCGUGUUCUAGGCUCCCCCUGCUUCGAAACAAUAGGCAGGCAUAUUUAAAUACAAGCUACUAAUUAUAAGUUAACAACUUUAAAGCAAACUAUCGCGCAGCUGUCAAUGAUGAUGAUGAUUGAAGACAACGCACACACAUUGGAGCACAUUGAGCAGCAAAUUGCGCUGUUGGAAUAAAAAAUAAAAGUCGAACAAGAAUAUAUCAUAAGCUCCUAACGAAUGUUGAAACUAUUGGACCAGACCAGACCAGACCAGAGCGGCAAAAGGAAGCAAGCAAACGACAUAAGCAAGACUGAUUUUUAUGUUUUAGUUAGCUCUAUUCUUAAUAAACGAAAGCAACAGAACAACGCAAGCAACAAACGACCGAACGGCGGAACAACUAAUGACAACGAACUAGCGAAGCGGAAGAAGCCUUAGUAAAUCCGCUUCCUUUGCCCUCCAGAUAACACAAUAAUAAUAAUAACAACAACAACAACAAUAUAAUCAUCAACGGCAACAAGAACUAUUGGAGAACAAUUGAAGCGCAAUGUUUGUAUUCAUUGUCGUGCUGUUUGUCAAUACCUGCCUGGCUGGCACUAUACCAGCUACGCCGGAGAACAUAACUGUCACAUUUCUGACGCCCACCGCUGUGCGUGUGUCGUGGCAGACGCAGAUCGAUCUGAAGGCGCAUCCAAUUGAUAAAUACAUAGUCACAUACAAGCCCACAGACGACAGUUACAGGGUUGUACAGGAUGUCGCUGGCAACAGCGAGGCCAUUGUCCUGGAUCGUCUGCUGCCCAGCACGCAGUAUUCCCUGUCUGUCACCGCCAUAUGGAUGGGCAAAAAGUAUCGCAGUGGUGGUCAGAUCAAGUUUCGCACGCUUGAUCUGCCCAAGAACACUUCGCAGCAAGACUUUCCACCGGGCGCGUUUGGCAAUGGACGCAAUGGUUCCGGUUCCGUUUCCGUUUCCGGCAAUGGCAGUCUCUACGGCGAUGACGUCACAUCGACAGCCACAAACACGUUCACCCAUAGCACGCGCAGAGAGUUGCCAACGAUACGAGGCGUCGAAAUUGGCAUCGUGUUGAUUGUGCUAAUGGUUUGGGCUGGUGCCAUUGCGCUCUUCUUCAAUCGCUGGGGCAAGAUCCGCAUGCUGCUGCCCUAUCAGCCAGACUACAAGCACGAGCAGCUGAAGGUCCCGGGCACGGGCGUGUGCAGCGCCAGCGGCUGCAAUGGCCAGCACUCCCAUCAGAACCUACACCCCGAUUUCUUUGUCAAGUUUGACAGCAGUGAAUGUGGCGGCACCUUUGCUCACCCACCCACCCACUGCAAUAAUCGCCACAUCCAUAUGCUGGCCGAAGAGCGCUCCACUUCCAUCUCGGAGCGCUGCACGCGCAGUCGCAUCAACUCGGCCAUAUUUGUGUCAUCGGAGGGGCGUGGCUUUGACUCCAUUGAGUUUCUGCGCCGGCAUGGCUCCCAGAGCGUCCUCUGCCGCAAGGCCAAGAGUGCGGAGAACAUCACAGACAAUGGGCGCCGGAAGAGUCUGCGUCCCUGGCGCACCGAUGAUGACUCCGUCCAGCAGCAGCAGCAGCAGCAGCAACAGCAAUACCAAAACUCCUCACAGGACAUUGAGCUGAAGGAAUGCGGCAACACGGCCGGCGAGCUGCUGACGCUGCCCGUGCUGCACGACUCGAAGCCAUCGCCCACAGCCGUCACCAGCUUGGUGGCUCGUUGCUCGAAUGCCAUUGUCGGCAGCAUCUCGCUGGAAGCGCCACCGCCUUACAUGCAGGACGACGAUUCAUUGCAGUCAACAUCGGCACUGGUGCACAACGAUGCCGUCGCCAUAGUGCAUGACUCGCAGGACUCGGGCGAGACCAUAGAGGAGCUGGUGCAUGUGCCCUUGCUGACUAGCGCAACGGCCACCGCCUCCGUUUCCUUGGCCUCCACGCCGAGCAUUGCAAUCGAAGCCAAGCCGCGCGUCCUUGUGCAUCAGCGCUCCUCAACGGCCUCCUCGUCGCCGCACAGCAGUCCAAAGAAUCUGUCGCUGGGCUUGAAAAUAGUCAAGCCCAAGAUAAGCGCCGUGCCAAUGGUCUCAGUAUCCGGACCGUCUCCGCCCAUUGAGAAGCCGCCGCUGGCCGAAUGCUUGUAACAUAUGGCAGCCGAAACAUUUAUCUAAGCGCGCUCACUACUCUCUCCCUCUCCCUCUCUCUCUCUCUCUCUCUAUUUCUAAUACUCCCCAGACCAUACACUAUAUAUAGACAUAAGGCAGCUGCUCAAAUAAGUGUUUCGGUGAGGCUACUAAUAAAUCGUAGGAACAGAAGUAGGUUUAGGGUAUAGACAUAUAGACAGGCAAGCUACAAUGCAACAAUGAACGACUGAAGUAUAUGCACCUAUAUACAUAUAGCUUUAUGUAUAACAAGAACAAGAACAACUGAUAAAUCAGCUUUAACAACAAACUAUCAGGCUUUAACAUAAUGAAAUGAAUUUUUGGUUUAACCUAGACGUUGAAACUUACGAAUCUAACUGUUGUAAUUCUUAGAGAUUAUAUAUUGGAUGGUUCACAUAUUUAUAUAUGCAGUGUAUACAUUUUUCGUCGUUGACAACACUAUUUAGAAUUAGGUAUUUCCUAUUAACUAGGCACAACUAUAGAGUCCACAUGUUACUUCACUAAGCUAACAUAUCAGUAACCCACGACCAAAAAGUGUAACGUUUGAAACUGUAACCUAGUCUUAAAGCAAGUAAAAACCAUUUAAUUCCUAUACUGAUAUUAUAACAUAGUUAUAUAUAGUCCAAGUCUAGGCAGUGUUCUAAGCUCUAAGUGUUUUUAAAUGUAAUUGUAUAAAUGUCAUUUUUAAAAUCGUAUUUAUAUAUACAAUAUAUAUGUAUGUGUGAAUGUGUGUAAAAGGUACCUUUGAAAUAUGCAUACUGUCUAUUGUUAUAGAACUGAUGAACAGCACACACAUUAGGAAAACCCAUUUGCUCUCGAUUUCUGGUAGCUAGUUAUGUUACUCAAAUUCUCUAAGCAAUAAUUAAUGUUCUCCCGCAAGUAUCUAUAUAAUCCACAAACUGACAAACAAAUCAUUUGUAAAUAAAUCCGCACGUACUACUUAUAAUAUCAUAAUUUAAAUCUAUGCAAACUUCGGUGCACGAGCUGUUAAGGAAUUGUCAAUUUAUGGUCCAAAGCUACAACAAAAAAAAAACAAACUAUUAUAUUCUACAGUGAGUCAAAAUGUAAGCUUUACUAACCUUAACUUAAUUGUCUAAGUUCAAUUCAAAAACGAGUAAACAAUAUGUGAAUGUAUGUAUUUUUUGGAAU